UAUUUACCAGCAGGAGUAAUGAAACGGGGAGGGGGGCAUUUUCCGCAGCUUAUUGGUGAGACCGCAAAAGACUAGCACGCAGAGAGGACAGACACAAACUUUCGGACAGAGGACCAACACGUCAAUUAUGUGUUUUUGAAUGUGUCUUUAUCCUUUUAUUCAGUUUUUUUUGUCCAGCAGCCAAAACGAUACUUUGUCGCAGUUCGUUGGAAGUGAUUUACUGGGCAGUGGUGAAGGACACAUUUUGCGGAAUUGACGCUUUUACCUGUGUUUUCCCUCUAAACUUCACUUCAGAUAGGAAACACUGAGUUGAAUCCUAUUUACGCCAUAAAGUGAAGUAGCCAGAGUGUGUUCAGAGUUCAAUAAUGCCGGGGCCAACACACCACAACCGACUCCAUCGCUUCUGACCCAACAUGGAGCUCAAGGUCUGGGUGGAUGGAGUCCAGAGGGUCGUCUGUGGGGUCACUGAGGCAACCACCUGCCAAGAAGUAGUGAUUGCGCUGGCACAGGCCAUAGGUCGCACUGGGAGAUACACUCUGGUAGAAAAAUGGCGGGACACCGAGCGUCACUUGGCCCCUCACGAGAGCCCUGUGGCUUCUCUGAACACCUGGGGCCAGUAUGCUGGUGACGUCCAGCUAAUCCUGCAUCGCACAGGCCCCUCCCUGACUGAACGACCCCCCUCAGAAGGACCACCUCUCAGGGGGCCUGAACGUGGGCUGCAUCGGCAGAGCCUCCCUCCCCUUGCAAAGCUUCGUCAUCCCAACGAUCGCUCCCUCCGCCGCCGUGAACCACGCCGCAAAUCUCUGACGUUCACCGGUGCACCCAGAGGCCUUAGGGAGAUACUGGGCGGAGGCCGCGUCGGCGAGGCCGAGGCUAAACGAAGACUCCUUCAUGGAAACGGUGGGAAUCCCCACCAUGCAGGGCCAGCCAUCGCGACUGCAUCGCCUGGCCUUUGGGCCUGUCGCAUGGAAGAGCUGGUCAGACUGGUCGGUCUACAGAGAGAGACUCUCAAUGUGCUGGAGAAAAAGCUGGAGGCCUAUGAGGCUGAGCUCCAGGCCUGGGCUGAAGGGCGAGGGGGCCGAGGUGGAGGUUGCGUUGUGGACCCAGGUGGAGGAGGAGGGCUGAUAGAGGAGAUCGUGAGGCUGGAGAAGCAUCUGAGAAAGAACGAUGUGGAGAUGGAGGAGGAGGAGUUUUGGGCCACUGAGCUGCAGAUUGAGCUAGAGAGUGAGAGACAGCUGGAGGAAAGACUGCAGGAGCUAAGAGGACGCCUGCAGGGCUGUGAAGUGGAGAUUGAAGAAAAGCUGGCAAUGGUACAGAGCGUAGAGGCAGGCCUGGAAGAGGAGCGGCUGCAGAGGGAGCGACAGGAGACCCAAUGGAUCAGUGAGGCUGAGGUUCGGGCUCAGGUGCUCAGGGUCAAAGCAGAACUGAAAGCCCAGGAGAGACAGGCUGUCCAGCUGGAGAGCAGCUGCAGAGCUGUGGACAGGUCACUUGGACAAAACAGCAAGAAAGUUCAGGACAUGCAGCACGAGCUGGAACAGCUGACCAAGGAGCUGAGGCAGGUUAACCUCCAGCAGUUCAUCAAGCAGACCGGCACCAAAGUCACAGUGCUGCCGGCCGAACCCACUGAGGAUGAAAGUACUCACAACAGUCAUGGUUUAGUCUCAGAUUUAGUUCCCCUGUCUGGCUCCCUGAAGCGCCCUGUGUCGUCGCACACAAUGUCAAGUCACCUCCGGCUCCUGCACAGCCCCCUCACUUCUGGCCUGAACCCAGGGGGGAUCUAUGUGUGAGGCGGCUCUGCACGGAAAGAGGACACGUCUGGUCUGCCUUCCAGAGCCUGUUCACCCCAGAACCCAUUUGUAAGUGGAUAUCUUUGUACAGGAUACCUCAGUAGCACACUACUAUGCACUGUUGCCUCAAUUACCCGAAAGGCAACCUCGAGUGUGAAGACUCAAAUAGUGAAGGAACUGUGUUAAUCUUGAAAUGAAAGUCACGGAGCACUUGGUGGGACUGAAAGGUGAGUUCAAAGGCAUGAUGGAAAUAAAACCCACGGCAGCAGCGCCAUAGGUCAUGGUGCACAGUCUCUGAAGAUGUUAGGACUUUCUAAACAUCAGGCUGUUUUGGACUUCCUUUGUAAACAUAUCCACUUAAUGAACUUUUACUCUCACUUUAGUACCUGCUGAAUGAUUUGUAUUGUUUUCUCACUAGCAUCAUGAUUCAAAUUGAUUGCCUUUUGAACAGUAUUCUUGAGAUCUUGGUAUGUGAAUCUAUGAACUAUACUAUAUCUAUAAAUGUAAUUUCUGCAGUGAACACAUUUUUACCCAGUAUAAUGACUGGUUCUUAUAGAAGUAAUGAAGGAUCCACUUGUGUCUAUAGUAUACCUGUCUAGAAUCUAUCGUUUAGCAUAUCAGAAUUUAUUCCUGUAGCUCUGACUCUGUUCAUGUUAAAACUAUGCACAAAUGGUUAAUAGUUUUGUUAUUGUCUGGUAUGUACCAAAAUGUUGGCUUACUGUAAAUGUUUUCUUACUUUUCAGCUUUAUUUUAGUGAAUUGUUAUAUUUUAAUACAAAGCGGUGCAUUCACAGUUACAAAAAUGCAGUGCCCUCAUUCCUGCAGUAAUAUCUGCAUAAUGAAACGGUGUUAAUAGCCCUUUUAAGCUGAUUUUUGUUGUUAAAAUGACCACACAGUAUAUUUUUGCCAAAUGUAUUAUGCUCGUUUUUCCUGUAAGGAUCGGUGGCCAAAGAUUAGCAGGUCUUGUUGCAUGAUUGUGUCGUUAAUAUAGCCAUAUCUGGAUGUGCAAAACACCCACAGUACAGUAAAUCAGUUAGUCGUAUCGAAAAAUGGGGGCGUGUAAAUAAUACAAUGGAUAGCUCCAGUAUGUACGAGAGUGUGAGUGAGUCAGUGAUUUAAAGAGACGUGUGUGUGUGCAGAGUCAGAAUAGCUACGAAGCCUCUUUUCGGUUGUAGUUCAGCUGCUAUUCACAUCAAAGUGCCUUAUGUUCAUUCCACGGUUGGUGUAUUCAAAUAAUGUACAGUAAAGCUUUAGUAGAGACAUUGAAGCAAUGGCCAUAGUCAGUGUAGAUCAGGUGUUGCUAGAUGUAUUGGUACCCCAUUGUUGCACGGAUAGAAAUGGCAAUAGAACAGCAUCAAAGAGGAAACUAUAAUUGUUUUAUCUGUCAGUAUUAUGUAGAGAUGUCAAUAGAAAGAACAUUAUUGAUAGUGUGUUCCACUCUGCCACUGUAUUAGUGUCCCCAUGCUGUAAAAUGCAUUUAAUCUGAUUUAUUUCAUCAU